CGCCGUGCGCUGCCGAGCAACGGAGCGCGCCUUAAUUUGGCAGCGCUCUGAUUGGCCGAAAGUUCUGUUGUGGCCGCGUGCUCGAAGGCAUCAAAGGCUUCAUGCUUUUUGCGUGAGACGUCAGAGUGACUUUGAAGUUCGUGCGUCCAGACGCUUGUCGCGAGGAGGAUGUCCGCGUCCGCGAGCUUGAAGGAAUCAGACGGAGGUCGGGACAUGGAGCAGCGCAAAACCCAAGUGUCAAGCCACCCGUUCAGCGUGGAGUCUCUCAUAUCCAGCCACAAAACCAGUAAAGACUUUGAAAGACGGCGCGAGGAGGAUGCGUCCAGCCAGUUCGCUAAGACUGAGAUCAGGGAUUCUUGUGGCUCGGCUGGAAUACAAAAGCACUUUAUGCAGACCUCACCCGUCAAAUCGGAGUCCCCUGAGCCGGAUGACUGUACACCAUGGGUUAUGAACUCUAGAUUCGCUCAAACACGCCACGUAAGUCCCUGCCCUCUCCGCAAGCACAAGACCAACCGCAAACCCCGCACGCCAUUCACCACCUCGCAGCUCCUGGCUUUGGAGCGAAAGUUCAGACAGAAACAGUACCUGUCCAUUGCCGAGCGAGCAGAAUUCUCCAGCUCCCUCACCCUCACGGAGACCCAGGUGAAGAUCUGGUUCCAGAACCGACGGGCCAAGGCCAAACGCCUGCAAGAGGCAGAGCUGGAGAAGCUCAAACUGACUGCCAAGCCCGCUCUCCACCCCAAUUUCAGUUUGCCUCUUCCUCUUGGAACCCAGCUUCAUUCGGCCGUUUCACUCUAUGGCCAAUCGUAUCCCUACCAGAGGCCUUUAUUGCCUGUCGCUCCAGUGGGACUCUAUGGGACACCUUUAGGGUACAGCAUGUAUCACCUCGCUUGAGGAGAAACCCUACGGUACGGACUAAUACUGAACUGUGGAUGUACAGAAAGACGAUGUUUACAAACUUUAGGUGUCCGAAUACGAAAAAAAGCACCAACCAAAAAAAAACGUAAUUCAAUAUUUCAGUAACGUGCCUUCACUCACGUCUUAAAAUGAAAGUAUGAAAAAAAGUGGGACAUUUCAUCUCACUUUACACUGACUGAAAGAUCAGAUUUUCCCGCGCGGAUGGAUCAUUUUGUCGCCAAAUGUUUUGUGUAUAUUUGUGUCACACAUCUUUAUGUAAUAUAUUGUAAACUAUUUAGUGUACAAAACCUGAGUUUAAAUUCCGCUACAUUUAAUGUCGACGGAUUUUUAUUCUGAAAAGUUAAUUGCGCGUUGUUUUCACUUUAAUUGACGGACAAUGUGUUUAAAGAGGUCGUUUUUUAAACAAAUCAAACGUCGAGGUGAAUGACUGACAAACACGAUAGAUACGUUGGUGUGUUCACACUGAGAAAUGUAAGAAUUUGACCGCGAGUAUGAUAUUGAAAUUUGUCACUUGUAGCUAAAAUGUGGACGUUUAUUUUCCUGGCCGCAUUUUUAUAUAUAAUUAUACUAUAACUCCACGUCACUGAAAUCUGACAUGUACAGUAAACCGCAAUUGGCAAGUAAGCACGGUAGCAUUCGUUUAUUAAAUUAGUUUAUUCAAUUAAUAUUCCCGUUUCAUGUCUGAGAACAUUUGAAGAGUUUUGCAAUUGCAUUUAUAUUCAUUUUCUCUAUAUUAAUAUCUUUAAAGUGCACUUCCACUUUUUUUUUUUUUUUAAAGCAGGUAAUCCUUUACAAUGAGAAACCAUUCAAAUAGCAUUUUUUUUUUAAUUUUUAAAAAAUCCAAGGCUAUUCGUAUUACAGUAACUACCCAGGCGAUUUCCAGGAAUUAUCCUUUCUAAAGUAUCAAUGCAUUCUUGCAUAAUGAAUUAUACUUUUUUCAUUUCAUUUCAACACAAUGCAAUGCAUAUGAGCAGUUUGAGCACACGUAUUACAGUAUAGCUAAAAUGUUACAGUGUAUGAUUUUUGCAAGUUUACCGUCAAUACUUAAAUAAUGAUUCGAUAAAACCGAUAUGCGGUAAUAAUGUUACCAUCGAAAGGCAUGAUAAAAAUGUUACUGAUUAGUUCGGUUUUUACCUCUUUACUGCUUUGUUAUGGCUUGUUCAUUAAGUUGCGGCUCUAUAAAUGGGGACGUUCGAGGGCCCGUUUUACUACUUCCGUGUGACUUUGAUGCAAUGAGGAAAUCGUUUAUGGUCAGCACUUUACUCGUGAGCUUCCUUUAAUCAAAACACGAACCCAGUCGCGCUAAUCAAACACAGAGCAGCUCAAGUGUUCGCGGGGUGUGUUUUAUAUUGUCGACUUUGAGCCACUUACGAGAGUGCAAUGAAUCUGGGCAAUUUGCCUGACCCUGUUCCUGUGGCGUAAAAAAAAAAAAAAAAAGUCAAGACUCCUUCACAAAGCUGUCAAGUUGUUCAGAGCUUGUUUAAAUACCUGGCGCGUAUCGGUAAUUGCAGCCUGUUUUAUUCUUUGUUUCUCAUUGGAAAAAUCUGAAAGAUACAUUUCCAGAUUUUGCAUUUAAGUUUUGUUUGUGGUCUCAGAGGUCAAAUAUCAAAAUUUAUAAAUUUUAUACUUUUU